CUAUAUAAUCCUCAUAACUUCUUCUGUGACCGAUUUAAAAAAUAACCGGUUCAAGGACAUAGAUAGAUCUGAUGGAAUAGAAAAAACGAUUGGGGGCGAGGGGGGGCAUCCUGUAUUCUGAAUUGAGAGGCGACAGUCGUUCUCCCCCUGGUCCAAACCACUGAUGAGUAUUUGGGAGUAUUUUACACAAUGUAAUUUGACCCAGGCCUGUGAACGUGUCUCUGCAGGUCCUUCUCUGGUCGGGGUGGUGAGGAAGGACUGGGCGUCUGACAACAGUAUCGCCCUCUCCUGGCCUGAGGCCGAACAACAGCCUAACGUCAUACUGGACUAUGAGAUCAAGUACUACGAUAAGGAACAGGAACAGUCGGGAUACUCGUCGACCCGUACCAAGGCCCUCAGCGUCAUCGUGACCGGUCUCAAGCCCUCCACCGUGUACGUGUUCCACGUGCGCGCUCGCACCGCCGCAGGCUUCACCGCUUACAGUGACACGUUUGACUUCUCCACCGGGGACGAGGACUCAGGCAUGGCAGCUGACCAUGGGCAGGUGCUAGUGGUUGUCACGGCAGCCGUGGGCGGGUUCUCCCUACUCAUCAUCCUCACCCUCUUCUUCCUCAUCACCGGACGGUGUCAGGGGAUCAUCAAGGCUCAGCUGAAGUCAGAGGAUAAGAGGAGGGCCGACUUUCACAACGCGCCUCCUUUCCCUGGUAUCAAGACGUACGUGGACCCUGACACAUAUGAAGACCCAACGCAGGCUGUCCACGAGUUCACCAAGGAGAUAGAUCCUUCUAGAAUACGCAUCGAGAGGGUGAUAGGAGCAGGUGAGUUCGGGGAGGUGUGCAGCGGGCGUCUGCGUACGCCGGGUCAGAAGGAGAUCCCGGUGGCCAUUAAGACCCUGAAGGGAGGCUACGUGGAGCGUCAGAGAAGAGACUUCCUCAGAGAGGCCUCCAUCAUGGGCCAGUUUGACAACCCCAACAUCAUACGGCUGGAAGGAGUGGUCACCAAGAGCAGACCUGUGAUGAUCGUGGUGGAAUACAUGAGGAACGGAUCCCUGGACUCUUUUCUGAGGCAGCAUGAUGACCACUUCACAGUGGUCCAGCUGGUGGGGAUGCUGCAUGGCGUGGCGUCAGGGAUGGCCUACCUGUCUGACAUGGGCUACGUGCACCGUGACCUGGCCGCACGCAACGUCCUGGUAGAUGAGGGUCUGGUGUGCAAGGUGUCCGACUUCGGUCUGUCCAGAGUCCUAGAGGACCACACUGAGCCUGCAUAUAACACCAUGGGGGGUAAGAUCCCGGUCCGUUGGACAGCUCCCGAGGCCAUCACCUACAGGAAGUUCUCUUCAGCCUCCGACGUCUGGAGCUACGGCAUCGUCAUGUGGGAAGUGAUGUCGUACGGGGAGAGACCUUACUGGGAGAUGUCCAAUCAGGAUGUGAUCCUGUCUAUAGAGGAGGGUUACCGUCUCCCCGUCCCCAUGGACUGUCCUGGGGUUCUACACCAGUUGAUGCUCCACUGCUGGCAGAAGGAGAGAGGGCAGAGACCUCACUUCAACAGCGUGGUCUCCUUCCUGGAUAAACUCAUCAGGAACCCCAGUAGUCUACUGACUCUGGUGGACAACAGUUUUCCAGAAUCCCCGGAGGACAUGCCGGGCUACCCUCUGUUCAUCUCCAUUGGUGAUUGGCUGGACUCCAUCAAGAUGAGCCAAUACAAGCACCAAUUCCUGGCUGCAGGGUUCACCACCCUGGACUCUGUCUCCACCAUGAGGAUAGAGGACGUCAGGCGUAUCGGCGUGUCUCUGAUUGGCCAUCAGAGGAGGAUCGUGAGCAGCAUUCAGAGUCUCCGUCUGCAGGUCCUCACCGUCCAACACAACGGCUUCCACAACUAAACCAACCCCCCAAAACGUCUGCACAGACAGACAGGCCUGGGUGUGUUCAUUCGGCACCAAACGGAAGAAAAAAACAAACUGAAACAGAGAGAGAUUUUCCUGAACUCGUUCAAUAAGAAACGCUUGUUUCUAAAAAAAAAAAUCUAGAUAUUCUCUCGGUAGACUGGUUGAACUGUUACCCAUGGACUACAAUGGUUUACCAUGGAGGCAUCUUAUCCUUGAUCCAGAAGACCGGGGAUUGGAAGUAGUUUCAGCCCACGUCCUAAACAGCACCCUAUUCCCUUAUGGUGCACCGUUUAGGACAGACACAUUCAGUAUGAAGCACAUGGAGAGACAAGUGUACUGAUGGGUCUUCCUCUAAUCAAGUGGACGGAGACGGAUUGAAACAGGACUCUCAGUUUAGAGACCACUAUUUUUUUUGAACAAAAUGGGAUGAUAAAAUGUGUCUUUUAUUUCAGAUGUUUUGUUUCCUUGUUCAUUUAUUGAGCAGCAGAUUCUGACCAACUGGAAGAUAAAGGACAACAUGGAGGAGAUUCUGACCAACUAGAAGAGAAAGGACAAUGUGGAGGAGAUUCUGACCAACUGGAAGAGAAAGGACAAUGUGGAGGAGAUUCUGACCAACUGGAAGAGAAAGGACAAUGUGGAGGAGAUUCUGACCAACUAGAAGAGAAAGGACAAUGUGGAGGAGAUUCUGAUCAACUGGAAGAGAAAGGACAUUGUGGAGGAGAGUCUGAUCAACUGGAAGAUAAAGGACAAUGUGGAGGAGAUUCUGAUCAACUGGUAGAUAAAGGACAAUGUGGAGGAGAUUCUGAUCAACUGGAAGAGAAAGGACAACAUGGAGGAGAUUCUGACCAACUAGAAGAGAAAGGACAAUGUGGAGGAGAUUCUGAUCAACUGGAAGAUAAAGGACAAUGUGGAUGAGAUUUUGGAGCAAAGAGAAGACAAAUGAAUGACAUCUGAUUUUAUAAAUGUAUAGUCCAUCAUCAACCAUAAUAUAUGAAGUAUUUGUGCAAAAGACAUGUUCUGUGAAAAAGCCUUGUUCAGUUUGAUUAGACAUCCUUGUUCAGUUUGAUUAGACAUCCUUGUUCAGUUUGAUUAGACAUCCUUGUUCAGUUUGAUUAGACAUCCUUGUUCAGUUUGAUUAGACAUCCUUGUUCAGUUUGAUUAGACAUCCUUGUUCAGUUUGAUUAGACAUCCUUGUUUAGUUUGAUUAGACAUCCUUGUUCAGUUUGAUUAGACAUCCUUGUUCAGUUUGAUUAUACAUCCUUGUUCAGUUUGAUUAUACAUCCUUGUUCAGUUUGAUUAUACAUCCUUGUUCAGUUUGAUUAUACAUCCUUGUUCAGUUUGAUUAUACAUCCUUGUUCAGUUUGAUUAGACAUCCUUGUUUAGUUUGAUUAGACAUCCUUGUUUAGUUUGAUUAGACAUCCUUGUUCAGUUUGAUUAGACAUCCUUGUUCAGUUUGAUUAGACAUCCUUGUUCAGUUGGAUUAUACAUCCAUGUUCAGUUUGAUUAGACAUCCUUGUUCAGUUUGAUUAUACAUCCUUGUUCAGUUUGAUUAUACAUCCUUGUUCAGUUUGAUUAGACAUCCUUGUUUGAUUAGACAUCCUUGUUCAGUUUGAUUAGACAUCCUUGUUCAGUUUGAUUAGACAUCCUUGUUCAGUUGGAUUAUACAUCCAUGUUCAGUUUGAUUAGACAUCCUUGUUCAGUUUGAUUAUACAUCCUUGUUCAGUUUGAUUAUACAUCCUUGUUCAGUUUGAUUAGACAUCCUUGUUUGAUUAGACAUCCUUGUUCAGUUUGAUUAGACAUCCUUGUUCAGUUUGAUUAGACAUCCCUGUUCAGUUUGAUUAGACAUCCUUGUUCAGUUUGAUUAGACAUCCUUGUUCAGUUUGAUUAGACAUCCUUGUUUAGUUUGAUUAGACAUCCUUGUUCAGUUUGAUUAUACAUCCAUGUUCAGUUUGAUUAUACAUCCUUGUUCAGUUUGAUUAUACAUCCUUGUUUGAUUAGACAUCCUUGUUCAGUUUGAUUAUACAUCCUUGUUCAGUUUGAUUAGUCAUCCUUGUUCAGUUUGAUUAGACAUCCUUGUUCAGUUUGAUUAGACAUCCUUGUUCAGUUUGAUUAGUCAUCCUUGUUCAGUUUGAUUAGACAUCCUUGUUCAGUUUGAUUAGACAUCCUUGUUCAGUUUGAUUAUACAUCCUUGUUCAGUUUGAUUAUACAUCCUUGUUCAGUUUGAUUAGUCAUCCUUGUUCAGUUUGAUUAGACAUCCUUGUUCAGUUUGAUUAGACAUCCUUGUUCAGUUUGAUUAGACAUCCUUGUUCAGUUUGAUUAGACAUCCUUGUUCAGUUUGAUUAGACAUCCUUGUUCAGUUUGAUUAGACAUCCUUGUUCAGUUUGAUUAGACAUCCUUGUUCAGUUUGAUUAGACAUCCUUGUUUAGCUUGAUUAGUCAUCCUUGUUCAGUUUGAUUAGACAUCCUUGUUCAGUUUGAUUAGUCAUCCUUGUUCAGUUUGAUUAGACAUCCUUGUUCAGUUUGAUUAUACAUCCUUGUUCAGUUUGAUUAGACAUCCUUGUUCAGUUUGAUUAGACAUCCUUGUUCAGUUUGAUUAGACAUCCUUGUUCAGUUUGAUUAGACAUCCUUGUUCAGUUUGAUUAGACAUCCUUGUUUAGUUUUCAUCCACAAUCUAUAUCUUUACUCAGCAAUAUUCAGUCUCCUUAGCUGACUGACUGACAGUCUGUUGCUUUGUCACUCAUUGCCAUGCCUUGUUUGGUUUAACAAGGACAGAGUAGUCAAGGGCACCGACAGAUCUGGGACCAGGCUACAGUCUCCUUAGCUGACUGACUGACAGUCUGUUGCUUUGUCACUCAUUGCCAUGCCUUGUUUGGUUUAACAAGGACAGAGUAGUCAAGGGCACCAACAGAUCUGGGACCAGGCUACAGUCUCCUUAGCUGACUGACUGACAGUCUGUUGCUUUGUCACUCAUUGCCAUGCCUUGUUUGGUUUAACAAGGACAGAGUAGUCAAGGGCACCAACAGAUCUGGGACCAGGCUACAGUCUCCUCACUUAUAGAACAAGGAGAAGAGAGCAACUCAACUCCACAACCAAUCACAAACCGAAAACAACCUCAGACAUGGACCAUAAGAACAGAUCUGGGACCAGGCAUGAACCAUAAGAACAGAUCUGGGACCAGGCAUGAACCAUAAGAACAGAUCUGGGACCAGGCAUGAACCAUAAGAACAGACCCUGUUCCUGGAGAGAGGCCCUCCUGGAGGUUUUAACUCCAACCCUGUUCCUGGAGAGAGACCCUCUUGUAGGUUUUAACUCCAACCCUGUUCCUGGAGAGAGACCCUCCUGGAGGUUUUAACUCCAACCCUGUUCCUGGAGAGAAACCCUCCUGGAGGUUUU